UCGCAAAAAAAAGAAAUAAAUAAAUAUAUAAAAUAAUUUUUUAUAAUAUCUGAAAAAUUAUUAUCACCUAAAAAAAUCUUACUAAUAUAAAUAUAAAACAAUAAUAAUAUAUCCACACCAUUGCUAAAUGGACGACCUAAGGCUAUCGGAAAUGGCUUAUCUGAAUAUACCGGACAGGGAUCGGGACAAGAGUCCAUCACCGGCCGAAUCCAUGGCUUCGUCGACCACCGAUUUGUCGACUUUGCCAAUGAAUUUAGGACAACGACGAGACGAUUCUGGUGGAUUAAACAGUCACUUAGUGUUUGCCAUAUCGGCGGCAGCAUUGGGCUCAUCCUUUCAACACGGAUAUAAUACCGGUGUUGUCAAUGCGCCCCAAGAGUUGGUCCAAAAGUUUAUCCGCGAAGCACAUAGAGAACGAUUUCAAGACCUGACACCAUUGCACGAUAUCUUCGGCAACACGACAAUCGGUGGCCACAACUCGACAACUGAUACCAUCGGCGACGAUGAUCUAACCACUGUUAACCUAAUCUACUCGAUAAUGGUAUCGAUUUUUUGUAUCGGCGGUAUGAUCGGUGCACUGUUGACCGGCUAUGUAGCCGAAAAGUUUGGCCGCAAAGGUGGCCUACUCUGGAACAAUGUGUUUGUAUUUUUGGCCGCCGGACUCAUGGGCUUCUCCAAGGUUUGCCGAUCCUAUGAGAUGCUAAUAAUGGGCCGUUUUUUCAUCGGAUUCAAUGCAGGUUUAAACGCUGGUUUGGCGCCAAUGUAUUUGACGGAAAUAUCGCCGACAAAUAUGAGGGGCGCUAUCGGGACUAUCUAUCAGCUGGUGAUCACUAUAUCUAUAUUUACGUCAAAUCUGUUGGGUUUGCCGCAGGUUUUGGGAACUGAGGACAAGUGGCCAAUACUUUUUGCGGUCACAAUAGUGCCGGCAAUCUUUACGUUGGCCACAUUGCCGAUGUGUCCCGAAUCGCCAAAAUAUAUACUAAUAUUUCAAAAUAAAGAUGUUCAGGCACAACGAGCGUUGACUUGGCUCAGGGGUACCAUCGAAGUGCACGACGAGAUGGACGACAUGCGGGCUGAAUACGAGUCAAUGAAAUUGGUACCGAAAGUAACGUUACACGAACUGUGGUACAACUCGAUGCUCAGGCAGCCGCUGAUCAUCGCACUGGUAGUCAUGUUGAGUCAACAGUUUUCCGGUAUCAAUGCUGUCAUAUUUUUUUCGACAUCCAUCUUCGAAAAGGCCGGCCUAAACAAAUCGGCCGCACUGUACGCUACACUGGGUAUCGGUGUUAUCAAUGUACUCAUGACAAUCGUUUCGCUGGUAUUGGUUGAAAAAUCUGGCCGCAAAACACUACUGUUGACCGGUUUGGGCGGAAUGAUGUUCACGACGAUUGUCCUAACAUUUUGUUUGGCACUAAAAGAUACGUUUGAAUCGUUGAGCUAUGUUAGCAUUUUGGCCGUCUAUGUUUUUAUUGUGAUGUUUGCAUCGGGUCCCGGUUCGAUACCAUGGUUUCUCGUUGCCGAGCUUUUCGGUGUAGGUGCCCGAGCCAUGGCCACCAGUAUUGCCGUUUCGGUCAACUGGACGGCCAAUUUUGUUGUCGGUCUAGCCUUUUUGCCCCUACAGGAAACAAUGGGAGGAUAUGUUUUCGUUAUAUUCACUGUCCUAUUGGCAUUGUUUUGGCUUUUUGUCUACAAGAAAGUACCCGAAACUAAGGGUAAGACUGUCGAAGAAAUUGCCGCCGCUUUCCGACAAAAGGCUUACCAAUGAAUACCUCCACCCGAAGUGUCAAUGAAUUGAUUGCUUGAUUUUUUUUGAUUUAAAAAAGUGAUUUUAAAACAAAACUAUAAUAACCAGAAAUCAAUGAAUGAGUUAUUAUUAUUAUUAUAAUA